AUGCGCACAACCCUCCUGUAUGUCCUUAUUGCUGUGUCAGCUGUGCUGAGCAAUGCACAAACUCAUGGCGAAGGUGAAGAAGGAAGUAGCAUGGGCCCAGUAGCUUUCCUCUGGCCACCGGACCGAGUGUGGGACGCGCAGCACGACAACACAGCGCCUUGCGGAAGUUCGGCUGAGCCGUCGAACCGAACAAUCUACCCACUGUCGCAGGGUGCGGUCGCGUUGAGCAUCGCGGACGAAGCGUGGCACGUUGCUUUCCGUCUAGCCGUAUCGGAUAACCCUACAACCCAAGCAGACUUUGACGACCAAGUCGUCAACAACGUAACCGACAUCGACCCCGGCCACCAAUGCUACUCGAUCGACCGGCUUGAAGGCAUACCGGCCGGCACCAACGCGACUAUCCAGCUAGAAUACUGGUCUGAGUACGAAGGCGAGAACAAUGGGAAUAACCAGUCAUUCUUUGCUUGUGCUGACAUUACCUUUGUCGAAACAAUCGAUUUCUCCAUCAAAGUCCCCUGCUUCAAUGUUACGAGCGAUGAAUUCAACGCACCCACACCCAGCGCCAGCGCCUCGGGCACUAGUCCAUCAAACACUGGCCUUUCGAUCUCACAAUCAGCCUCCCCAGACCAUUCCUCUGGUGGUGGCAGUGGUCUAUCCACCGGCGCGAAGGCAGGCAUCGCUGUUGGUGCGGUUGUCGGCGGUCUUGCGCUUCUGGGCGCCAUUGGUUUCUUUCUGUGGAGACGAGGGAAGAACACAGGAUUGAAAAGCAAAGACGCGUAUGAGCUGAGGGCGAAGAGCUUGAGCACACCGCCCGGGUCGACUUCUGCUUGA